CGCCUUUAUAUACGGCAAAACCCCUCUUCUUCCUCCUCUGUCCCUCAACCUUUUCUGAGUUUUCUCUCGCACGCUCUCGCUCAACAAGCAACCAUCUCUCUCUAGAGCUCUUCCAUGGCUGUCGAAGCUCAACAUUUCAAUCUGUUCCCUUCCCAGCAGCAGCUUGUAAAUCCGGGCAAACCCAAUGGUUUCCGGUUCGGGUACAACGCUCAGAUCGGUUCCUCGAUACCAUUUCCUCCGGAUUCAAUGCUGCCGGGGGUUAAUUUCCCCAUGAGUCGGACUCUGUUUCAGGGGAAACCGGCGAUGAACGCGGACUGUGAGCUGUCUUAUCAGCUCCAGCCGGAAGUUUCAAGAAAGCGGAUCAGAGACGAGGACUUCGCCGUCCCCGGCGAAGAUGUGUUACCCAUCAUGCAACAAUACCAGUCGGAGGUCGAUCGGAUUGUUUCCAAUCAUACAAAGAAGUUAAGAAUGGAGUUAGAAGAGAGGCAGAAGCAAGAAACGAGAAUCUUGGUCGCAGCGAUCGGAGAAGAAGUUAUGAAGAAAGUAAUGGAGAAAGACGAGCAGAUUCAGACGCUUGGGAAGUUGAAUUUCGCUCUACAAGAACGGGUUAAGAGCCUCUACUUGGAGAAUCAAUUAUGGAGAGAUUUGGCCCUUUCCAACGAAGCCACCGCGAACACCCUCCGCAGCGAUCUGGAGCAAGUUCUUGCUCACGUCACGGACGAGCACUUUUCCGGCAGGGCUGCCGCUGGGGUGACGGAUGAGGAAGACGUUGAGUCUUGCUGCGACAGCAGCGACUACGCAGCCGAUGCUGGGUCCAUUCAUGUUGAGAGGAUGUUGCCGGCAGCGGCGGAGCUCGUGAAAAACGGCGGCGGUAGGAUGUGCCGGCGGUGCGGGGAGAAGGAAUCCAGUGUUUUGCUGCUGCCAUGUAGGCAUCUGUGCCUCUGCACGACGUGUGGGUCCACCCUUGUUUCUUGCUGCCCCGUGUGUAAUUCCAGCAUGAAUGCCACAGUGCAUGUAAACUUGUCUUCUUGAUAAUCAUCUUUUUUUCUUUAGAUACUACUGGUAGUAAAUAGAAAAAAGUCUGAUUAUAAUUUUUAAUUUUUUUUGUACUGUUUCAUAGUUGAAGUAUGCUAUUGAUUUCUUGUAAAUUUCCUUGGCUAUAGUGUAAUCAAUUAUUCAUUCUUUUUUUACAAUCUCACAUCUUUUCAUGAUUUACUUUUCCUCAAUCAAUCCUUUUACCUUUAUGA